AUGACUGGACAUCUAGCACCCUUCAGGGAUUCCAGCUUUUCUCACUGGAAACAAGUCAACGUCUUUGUUCACUUCACAGAACACAUUAUCGUUUCAGGCACAUUUCAUAUUUUUCAGAUAACACUUGACACUUUGUCAGGACCCAUUAAAGAGAAAAUCUGGAUCACCACAACUUUGAGAAACUAUAUAAUGCAACAUCUUGGAUAUCACAAAUACAUCCAUAGUAUUUGGAGCUUUGAAUUUAUGCAAAAAAUAAGGCCAACCUAUGGUGCUUUCGAAGCCUUUCCCUUUAUAGACUCCCAGUAUGAAGACAAGUGUUCUUUUUCAAUGCAUGUUUAUGCUGUCGAAAGCCAGAAAAGAUGCACCCAAAAAACUGCUGUGGAGACAGAAGAUGAAUUGAACGGGAUGUUGGUUGAAAACAGUGAUUCUGGUUACAUUAACUUUAUGACUCUGGCUCAUGUCUUGAAGGCUGCACAUUCAUCCAGAUCCCGGAGAAGAGGGAAGGAGGCCCAAGAGACACUGGAGGCUCCAAGGCUGAAGCUGUGGCAGUCUCUGCCUCAGUCCCAACGUGUGGAAAAUUGUCGUCCUGGAUUUGUCAAGCAAAAGCAAGAAGGAGAGCCCAUUUGCUGCUUUGACUGUGUUCCCUGUCCUGAGGGGACCAUCUCCAUUCAUGAAGAUACAGAAAAAUACACCAAGUGUCCAGAUGAAAAAUAUCCAAAUGAGGACAGGAUCCAAUGUAUUCCCAAAGUUAUAUCCUUCCUUUCUUAUGGAGAACAUCUGGGAAUCAUUCUGGUCUCUUUUGCCCUAUUCUUGUUCUUAGCUACAGGCCUUGUUUUAAUCAUAUUCAUUAAACAUCUAGAAACUCCCAUUGUGAAAGCCAACAACCGAGACCUCUCUUACAUCCUCCUGGUCUCCCUCCUGCUUUGCUUCUUGUCUUCUUUUCUCUUCAUUGGUCAACCAAGGAAAGCUACUUGCCUUCUGCGACAAACAGUUUUCAGUAUCAUCUUCUCAAUUGCCAUUUCUUCUCUCUUGGCCAAAACCAUCACAGUGGUGCUGGCUUUCCUUGCCACAAAACCAGGAAACCGAGUGAAGAGAUGGUUGGGGAAGAGCUUGGCCAACUCCAUCAUCCUUUCUGGUUCUAGUGUCCAAAUUAUGAUCUGCUCCAUCUGGUUGGGAAUUUCUCCCCCAUUCUGUGACUCUGACCUCCACUCCCAGCCUGGAGAGAUCAUCCUGCAAUGCAACAAAGGGUCUGUUCUCAUGUUCUACAUCACCCUCAGCUACAUGGGCUUCCUGGCUGUCAUCUGCUUCACAGUGGCUUUCAUGGCCAGGAAUCUGCCUGCAGCCUUCAAUGAAGCCAAGCUGAUUACCUUCAGCAUGCUGGUCUUCUGCAAUGUUUGGGUCUCCUUCCUGCCCACCUACCUGAGCACCAAAGAGAAAUACAUGGUGGCUGUGCAGGUCUUCUCCAUCUUGGCCUCCAGUGCUGGUCUGCUGGUCUGUAUCUUCAUCCCCAAGUGCUACAUUAUCAUUUUGAGGCCAAACUUAAAUACAAAGGAGCAUCUUACAACCAGAAGAAAUAUAUAA